AUAGCAGCAGCAGCAGCAGCAGAAUGGUGCAAGUGCAGAGAGCCAUGGCUCUUGUCUGCCGUCUCCUCCUCCUCCUCUUCCUCCUGGUGGCCCUGCAUGCCAGGGCUGCCCGGGCUGCUCCGUAUCGAGCACGGGGAGCAGACGAGGACGGUGGCGACGGUUAUCCAGCUUCUGAGCUGGAUGUUGGCUUGGAGCCCUCGGGGCAUCCUGGAGAUCCUCUCGUGGUUGGCGGCUUCCCGACUUCUUGGCCUGUUCCCGUCCUGGAGCCCGAGCGCAGUCCCACAGCCCUGCCUGUAGGCGAAGGUGAUCCAGUGUCCCGGCUGGGUUCCAGGACCGAGCCUCCGGCAGUUCGCGUGGGUCGUCCAAGGGCAAAGAACCAUGCUGAAGGAGGAAAAAAGUCCCUGGAGUCGUUGGAAGUGCUAAAGCAAGCGCUGGAGGAACUGGAGAAAAGGCACGAGACAGACCAAGAGGCUGGGCAGGAGCAGGCGUUUCCGGAAGGAAGCAGUGGCUUGCUGCCACCCUUUGUCAAAGAGACGGAGGCGAUGCAAGGCACCGGCAUGCCAGCGCUGCCAAAGCCCCCAGGAGACUCCCACGACGGUGCGCAUGAAUUCUUCCAAGUGGACUCAGGUGUGGUCGGCGAGAGAACCACAACUGCCUACAGUCCCCAGAGCACCAGGAGUUUUCCGCGUCUGCAAGACAUUGGCUGGCACUGGGUGACAGACACGACAGCAGGCGUGGUUUCCCUGGUGCUGGCCGUACUGGUGUGCCGUCUCCUGAUCCGGUGGCGGAGGAAGAGAAAAGAGCGCAUCGCCACAACUUUACAAAACCAAGCGGAAGCCGGUGACCACCCCUCGCGCCUGCACAGCCAGACCAGACCCGAAAGCCUGCCGCGCCUGCCCUCCACAUGGACCCUAAACUCGCGCCCCUCGAGUCCGCUGCUCUGGCCCUAUUCCACGGGCUGA